CACACACACGGGGCGGGACGGCCCACGCCCCACAGGCACAGCCAACGCGUUGAACUCCAACAAAUGGCGAAUGCGAAUGCGAAUGCGAAUCCCGAAUCCCGAAUCCGCCUCCAACCCCAAAACGCUCUGCCCUGCCCCCCUGCCCUCAAAUUCAACGCCUCCCAACCCUAUGCCAAUUAAUUCAACCGUUCAACUCCCCUGAUUAUUUGCACUGGAUUUGUCAUAUUCCAACAACUCUUGUUCACUUCCUUGGAUUUGAUUUGAUUUGAUUUGCCUUUCCCGAUCCCUGCCGAUCAUUAACUUUGGAGGAUUUGACACACCUGCAAUUACAUGUCUCAGGAGUUAGAGCUGUAUAUCAACAUUGUGGAUUUAUUAUAUUUAUAUUCUGCUUGGAACUAAUGGGAACGUCCUGUUUGAGGUGGUCACAAGAUAAAUAACUGCUGAAACUCUAUCUUUUCUGAUUGUUGAUAUAACACAUAAAUAUGGCUGAAAAAGCAUGUGUUAAGCGCCUCCAAAAGGAGUAUAGAGCGCUCUGUAAGGAACCAGUUUCAAAUGUGGUGGCACGGCCGCUGCCAAAUGACAUCCUUGAGUGGCAUUAUGUGUUGGAAGGAAGUCAAGGAACACCCUUUGCAGGUGGAUAUUACUAUGGGAAGAUAAAAUUUCCACCAGAAUACCCAUUUAAACCUCCAGGAAUUAGUAUGACUACUCCGAAUGGACGCUUUAUGACACAAAAGAAGAUAUGCCUAUCGAUGAGUGAUUUCCAUCCAGAGAGUUGGAACCCCAUGUGGUCUGUCUCAAGUAUAUUGACUGGGCUCCUUUCGUUCAUGAUGGACAAUAGCCCUACCACAGGCAGUGUCUCAACAACAGACGAAGAGAAGCAGAGGCUCGCAAAAGCUUCUCUGGCCUUCAAUUGUAAAAUUCCAACGUUCAGGAAGCUAUUUCCAGAAUACAUAGAGAAGUAUGAAGAGCAGAUUGCAGCUGAGCAGCUGGCUGAGGAGGUGGUUCAAGUUCAAUCCCCUGCCCAAGAUGAAAAGUCUGGAUCGACACUAAAGAAGCGCGGAGGCAAGGAGGAAGGCCAAAAUGGAGAGGCCCCGAAAGAGUUGAAUAAGCAGCAGGAGAGGAGGCGAUCUUUCCCGACAUGGUUGUUGCUGUUGCUGGUGUUGAUUUUUGCUGCAGUGAUGGCCCUCCCUCUCCUUCAGCUUUGAUGUGAUGCAGCAGCAGCAGCAACCAUGGGGAAUUGUGUGGAGUGUGGAAGCUAACGAACAAACAUAUGUUGAAUUCUAUAUAUAUAUAUAUUAUUUCUAGCGCCUAAGAAAAGAAGAAGAAAAAUGUUAUGGGAAGUAAGUGUAUAGUAUAGCGUGGGGUGAAGGAAGGGAAGGGAAGGGAAGGGAAGUAGUGGCGUGUGUUGAAUUGAAUGGCAGAAUGAACCAUUCAAUUACCUGGCUCAAAGAAGGAAGACUUGUGUUGGUUCGGUGGCUGGUUGCCUUGGGGCCUUCCUUCCUUCCUUACUUGUUUACCAUCAGCUUUAAUCCUCUCUUCUCUUCUCCUCUCCUA